UCACUGUAGCAGAGGGUGAGAACCGCCGCCUCCCUUGCUGGGUGUAACGAUAAACACACAGAGCCAUUUUUUUUAAUAUGUCAGCGCUAGCUCCGUGUUAGCAUGAGUUUACAACACCAUGACGAAGUGAAAGUGUUUGACAGCUGGCUAGAAAGCUGCAGCUUUGAUUUUCCUCGACAAAUAAGAUGCGUUACCCGAUUUGUAAUUUAGCAAUACCUGCUAAAUAGUAGCUCUCUCUCUCUCGAACUCCCGGUGGUCGUUGCCGUACAUCCAGUUAUCCAAGGAGCCGAGGUACCGCGACCAGCACUUCGGCCAAACUGCUUGUUGUGAAUUUGAACCUUUUUUUCUCCCCCUCUGGGGUUUAUAAAUGUCCACCGCUUCGGAAAUGAGCCUGCCGCCCGAGUGGGAAGACGACGAGCGGAUGAACUUCAUGUUCUCCGAGUUCAAGGAGAACCGAGACGUGAACACGUCGGACUGGGACAGCAGGAUGGACUUCUGGACGGCUCUGGUCGUCCGCAGCUGCAGACAGCGCGGCUCGGUGAUCGUCAACCUGCAGGAGCUCAACAAGAGCUUCCAAAGGAAAGAGAAGACCCCUCUGGGCCUCCCCACUGUGAUCCAGAGCAUGGCCAGGUGUGGAAAGAUCCAAAGAGAGUCGGAGUUUGCUGCCAGCGUGGACUGUGGCUGGGUGUCGUGGAGUGUGGGCAUGCUGCUGGUGAAACCGCUGAAGUGGACCUUCUCCACGCUGCUGGGCAGCAACAGAGUGCCCCUGGAGGAGUCUUUUGUUCAUCUUGGUCUAGUAAAGGAGAAAGCAGCGGAAGUACUAAAGCUCUACCAAAGCAGUGAAUUCUCCAGCUGCUCCAUUGUGUCAUAUCAAGAACUGUGCGCCUUGUCCUCCGACAUCUGUGCCGAUGAGAGCACCCUGUGCAUGGCGCUGCUGCAGCUGCAAAAGGACAAGCAGGUCAUAGUUUCCUUGCACGAGGGAGAGAAGAUUGUGAAGUUUUGUCAGCCUGGACAGGAACGCGUGUCUCCGGUUUGUGACAUCGACAUCGGGAUCUACCAGCUGCAGCGCAGCGAGAAACUUCUCGGAGAGCGCGUGCAGAAACUGAGCCUGGAGGCCGACAGGUGCAAAGAAGAAGCGAGGACUCUGCUGCGAGAAGAGAAGAAGUCCCAGGCGCUGAGGUGUUUGAGAAGCCGGAAGAGAGUGGAGAAGAGAGCCGACAGCUUGUUUGCCAAGCUGGAGACCAUCAGGGGGAUCCUGGACCGAAUAGCCCAGUCGCAGACUGAUAAGAUGGUUAUGCAGGCGUACCAGGCCGGAGUGGCUGCUCUGAGGCUGUCACUUAAAGACGUGACCGUGGAGCGGGCUGAGAGCCUGGUGGAUCAAAUACAGGAGCUAUGUGACACACAAGACGAGGUGAAUCAAACCAUUUCCAGUGGCGUAACCGCGGCAGAUGAAGACAUGGAUGAGCUAGAGAAGGAGCUGGAAGCUUUGCUGGACGAGCCAGAGGCCGCUGGGAGACCAUCAGGUUUACCUGCAGUUCCUACAACCAGCCUGGGUCCCUCCGGCGAGCACAUCCUCAGUCGUCUGCCCGACGCGCCCCGUGGCCACUUAAACGUUAGCGCCGACGUGCUAGAGGAAGAACUGAGUCGCUUAACUUUAUCGGAACCAGGAUUUCCACGGAGGAAGGCGACGUCGCCAGACAAGAGGUUAGAGGCGGCGCAGUGAUUUUCAUCACCAGAUCCGGACACGGUGGAUCUCUGAAAUGGAUCCGCUGGUUCAAAAUCAGAGCUGGAGGCAAUCUGCAAUCAACAUCCGAUUUAAAAAAAAUAAAUAAAAGGCACUUUACUUCCUUUUAAAAAAGAAAAACACCAAGGAGGCAUGCUUACUUUACGACAAAUGUUGCGGAUCUACUUUUUAACUCUUGCUGUCAUAAUCUGAAUAAGCCUUCAGAAGCUGCUUUUUAGCAUGGCGCCAGCUGGAAGGCUUUUAAUCCAGGUUAAGAUAUCUGUCCUGUGCUUGUUCAUAUAAAUGGAUGCUCGUCAUAGACAGUCCUGUAAAGUGUGUAAAAGUGGCCUUCUGAGUUAUAAAGAUGAACCUGUGUAACAGAACGGUUUAUUUUAAUCAAAGUUAUUUUUGACUCGCUGGGAGGUACCUGUAAGGAUGGAAAAGCCUGUCUUAAGUGAGUUUAACCAGAUAUGUUUGUUCCAAAUAAAAUUUAUUUUAAUCAC